AUGGGGGACCCGGAUCGACGAUCGUCGCCAGCUCGGCUGACAAGUUUCGAUGCAGACUUGAAACUGAUCCACUGGCUUGGCUACUGGGGCUCGACCGACAAGAAAAACCGUUCGAGAAGCGCCAUUCUAUUGCUGUUGUUCGUCUUUUUCAUCAUUCCACUUUUGCUGUCUUUGGUGGACCUUAUGCUCAAGAAGCAAUAUGUCAAAGCAUCCCGAAACGCUGGUGAACUCGUUACCUUCUGUAUGGAUUUAUGCUCGAUUACGGUCAUCAUUAUUAGGAAGCGAAAGUUCGUGCAAGCUCUGGACAAAUUCCAGAUCAUUUUCGAGAAGUUGAUGGAAGAAGAAGACCCGAUUCCAAAAAAAAUGCUUGGGAAAAUUGAGAAUCUAUCGAAGAACAUAUCCGUGUUGAUGGAGCGUAUUAUGGGAAGCACUGGUUUUUUGUAUUGUUGCGCUCCAUUCCUGUACACCUUAUUUUGCGUGAACAUCCUGUAUUCUGAUCCUGUUCCGUUUCCAACCGGAAUCGAGGUCAACUUCUACUAUAUCAACAUCCAAUCGAACGUGUGGCUGUACUCAUUCUAUAUGAUGGUCAUCAUACCAGUCACGUGGAUUAUUACGAUAUCCAUCGGAGUGAAGGACACGCUAUUCAUUAAUAUUUUCAACCACUGCACAAUGAAUUUUCGCAUUUUGAUGCACAAAAUCAAUCAGCUCAAAACCAUCUCAGACGUGGAAGUGAACACCCAUCUGAAAAACUUGGUAGACCUCCACAGCCAUUCCUUUGAAUGCGUUGGGAUAUUGAACGACUCGAUCAACGUUGAUCUGCUGGCGCAUUACCUCGGUAGCAGUGCCAUUCUUUGUCUGAAUAUGCUGGUCUUUACAGAGGUGGAAUUGAAUGGCUUCAUGGUGCUCCGAUUGGCCAUCAUGUUCAUGCACGCCGCUUGGGGAAUCACGGUGUUCGCCUGGUUAGGGGAGCGGUUGGCGCUGGCGGGUUCUGAAGUUGCGGAAGCCAUUUACGAGACCGAGUGGUACGACAAGCCGAUCCAUGUUCAGAAGGCACUGAUGAUGAUGCUGCAGCGAGGUCAAACAAAUCCUGGAGUUAUGGUUGGAAAAUUCUUCGAAUCGAACAACGAGGGACUGAAACGGGCGACCAAUGCUGUGUAUUCUUUCUUUCUGUUCAUCAAACACGUCUACGGUCGCAUAGAUGGGUAG